GAGGGUUGCGGCGAAUCUUCAAAGUGAGCGCUAUGUGAUUAAGUUAUUUGUGAAUCAUACGGGGUAUUUGUUUAAUUGAUUAACUAGAAGACAUUGCAUUCAUUAAUAUACACUCCUCCAAACAUCGGUUUUACUUUUUCCUGUACAUAUGACGUGAAAUCUUGACUCAUAAUACAUUAUUCAGAUUUCUCCAUUAAAUACAACAGACUGGUUAUUACGUAGCGGCAUUUCUUACGCUUGUUUACAGUUUUUAGUAAAAUUAAAAGUUCAGGAAUUCAGACAGCUUCUGAUGACAUGUGCCGGUUUUAUUUAUGACCUUGCCAAUCAUGCUUAUAUAUUUUCGUUCACUUAUUUAUCUGUAGUCUCAUUAAUUGUUCAUACUUAGUACACUAACUUUACAAAUAGUACUAAUCACUUCGAAUGGAGUUGGAUCUGCUGGUAAUGCAUCUCUACUCUGCAUCCAACUAUUACCGUCUGUCUGCUACUUAAGUAGCAAACGGGUAUAUUGCUAAUUUGUUACUAACGCCAAUUAGUCACAUUAUGUGUGGAUGUCGUUGACAAAUUAUAUUGCAUCACCUUAUCACGUAAGAUCAAAUUGGGGCCAGUUACGGGAAAUACGUGCAAGUCGAACAUACAAAAACAUUAGUACAAUUAACAAUGUGUUGAUCAAUAAUGGGAUACAUAGAGCAUAUGCUUUAUGACUAACUAAUGGUUUUCCAAAAGUAUAAACAGAAUGCGAGCGUAUAAAAUCUACUUCCUGGUGACAUCCUCUACAGUGAGACCCAAUCUAAUAGUCUUAUAAAUCAUUACGAAAUUUCGUCGAAAUAUGAUAAAUCGACCUUGUGUUAUCCCAAAAUAAUGAGGAUUAAGUGUCAGAUUUUUCUCAGUCAGCACGGUCACAUGCGUACCUAAUGUUGUACGAGCUAAAACUCAGCACAUCAAUAUAAAGCUUUCCGUUUCAUGAAAUGUCAUUUAGCUUCAGCAUGAUGUUAUCAUCCUCCUUUUUUUCUGUUGUCCCUCUUCUGAAAGCACACGAACGGUUAUCCAUAAGUCAAUGACUAAAAACAGCAUUUAACUAUUACAAACUUUAUAAAUGGGCACAAAUUCAUUCGAUGUAAGCUAAUUGCAAUAUCAGUUGUUUUAAAAAGCCUUGUGAUCGUUGCAAAUUCUGGUGUAUGACUCUUCGUUAUGAGCAAAUAUUUAGAAUAACAAGUGGUCAUUAUUUCGCAGUUACACAUAACUAGCAGUGUCACAUACUACAGUCCCGUUAAUCACAUGUCGACCAACAUCCUAUUUUUCAUGCAUUCAUCUUCAGAACAUAUUUAACUGACAAGAAUUUAACCCUUAAGUUCACCACCAACUCAACGUUGGAAAAUUAAAUGUUUAGAAAAUAACGCAGAUCUGAAUGAUAAGAUAAGCACGAUCACAACUUUUAGCAUAAUACAAGUGACCUAAUCUUUAAAAUUCAAUUCGUGUGCAUUUAAGUACUUAGAACAGUACUAUAUGUUCAUGACCAGUAACUGCUCUGUUAUUCUAAUAUCUAUAUCAUUUAAGUCUGGUCCUGUUCAUGAGGUCAUUCGUAAGAACAGUUAAUGGUAAAUCUCUCUGCAGCCAAAAUUAUUUGGCACCCAAUACAACAAGUACGAAGCAGGCAAUCGUUAGUAAUGAUGACCAAUAUGAACACCUCACAACCACACGUUUACAUAGGAUUGCCAUAAAAACACUUAUUCCAUUCACUUGCCCACCAGUACCAGGAAGAAAAGGUAAAAGUGGGUUCAUAGAUUCUGUUUGGGACACGUCAAUCCAAAAGAUAUUUCAGACUAGAUUAGUAAAAGAAGUGGUAGGGUGCAAGAUAAAUAAUCUAAAGACUUGAUAAAUUUAAGGUCUUUGCAUCAUACUUCACUUAAACUGCUAAACACGUCGUUAUAGUUCUGCAUCGUGAAAUGUACUUAUAUAUUUAUAUUAGCCCUUCUAUUAAUUGAAGUUUCUAGGGAUUUCUUAUCCCAGUAUUUCGUCGCUAAGUAUAUACAAUACAAAUGGUCUUAAACAACUAGAUCAGAAUUCGUUUGUUAAUUGUAUGUGUCUGUUGGAGCUUAAGUAGGUCUUACUCUGUAGAUAUUUGUUUCAGACCACCAGUAUAUCUUCAAUAUCAAUCCUCAUUUUAGUGACGAAUCUCACUUGAAUGUAUGGUUCUGAGAAACUUUUGUCUUGUGGGUUGUACAGACCCGUGUAAUGAAGUUGUUCGAGUAAAGGAUGCAUCAGGACACUGGAAAACGUUUUACGUGCGUGAUAAGUUAGAUACUGGUGGAUUUAGCCAAAUAGAUCUCGUUUUUGACAAAGUGUCUAAAAGAUCAUUCGCUUUAAAACGUAUCCUAUGCCAUUCAAAGGAUGAUGAAAGUAAGGCUUUAAAAGAAGCUAAUUUCCAAUUGAAUCUCCCUGAUCACCCCAACUUGCUUUCCUGUAUCGCGAGUGGCCUACAACAUGUCUCUAGACGUAAACAAGGAGCUAUUUCAGAAGUUCUUUUGGUGUUAUCUUAUAGCAAGGUAUGUUUUAAUGUAUGUCAAAUGAAGUAUUUUAGCGAGGUACGUUGCAACGUGAAAUUGACCAUAGAUAUGCACGUAACGUUAUGUUCCCCCUGUACCUUAUAAAGACCAUGAUGAUUGGUAUUUGCGAUGGCCUUAUUGCUCUUCUUUCUUUUGAUAUUCCAAUGUCUCAUCGAGAUAUAAAGCCUGGGAAUGUUCUUUUGUUUGAAGAAAUGAGACCAGUUUUAAUGGAUUUUGGCUCUGCCACUCCCUCCAUUCUUCCUAUUGAGAGCAUUAGAGAUGCAGAAAAAUGGAAGGUAACAUUUUGUUACUAGAUCUCGUUUUUCAAGGAGUUUGCUGAGGAAAACUGUUCACUAACUUAUCGGGCUCCAGAGUUGUUUAAUCCAAUAACUUACGAAACCAUAACCGAGAAAGCUGAUGUUUGGGCAAGCACUUUCUUACGGCUUUUUAUGCCUGAAUACUUAUUUUAGUCCUUAGGAUGUCUCUUUUAUGCUCUGAUUUUCUUCAAAUCCCCAAUGGAUUUCGUUCAUGCGCGGGGUGAUAGUGUUGCUCUUGCUGCUUGUUCAGCUAAUAUAUAUUUCCCAAUAGAUUCGUGUUCAAAGUAAGUGUUUUUUAAAGACAUUUUAUAGUUAUCAAAAUAUUAUCGUGAUUUUGCGAUGGCUAAUCACCUUUUGAUCCGAUUUUUAGGAUACAAAAUUAUUAGAGUAGCGAUAUGAAUAAAUUAUAUCUUUGUUUUACAUGCGAUUUCAAGUUGCUUAAUCUAAUGCCCACGUUAAAACCCGGUCGAUGAAGUUUAAUCAGCUCUAAGAACCAGUCUAACAUAAUAUUCGCCCCUCAAUAGAAAUUAGGCCCUCUAAUUUAAUCUGACAUCUGCUAUCGCCUUGUUCUUGGACCAAGUUUUUUAAGGUAGCUCAAUGCAAUAUUAACGUUGUUACGACUGUUCUGUUCUGUACGGUAUACCACUGAAUAAAACAUUUUUUUUUACUCUCCUUUAUUUAAUUUUUCAGAGUUCCAUCAGAAUUGAUAAAGUUAAUGAAAGCAAUGCUGUCCGCUAAUCCUCAAGAUCGUCCCUCACUUACUCAAAUUGUGGAGUCCUUCAGAAACCUACCUGAAGAAAUCAUGUAUUGUAACAAUCAAAGUGCAAUAACUUAUUCUUUGUAAUCUUGACUUAGUUUGACUAAAUCCCACAUGAAAUCUAACCGUAAAUCUUUCAAUCUUCUACUCUUUCUCUAUACUAUUUACGAAAUACUGAGAAGUCUUUCUAAACCUUUUACCUUGACUUUUAUUCUCUGUACUUUUUAAUAUUCGACACAAUAUUGCAUGGAAUUCCAGAACGGUUUUGGCUUUUGGUCGAAAAUGAAAUAUUACUAAAUAUUCCACAAAUACAUUUUUUGAGGGCUUUUAUAUGGCGGAGCACCCGAGCCGAAGCAAGAUGCUGUAUAGUGUAGUCGAGCUGUUAAGAUUCAUAAGUUAACUAGUUUAAUGCAACUCAAUCCGUAGGACUCAUGAAUGUUCAUACUCGCAGAAGCAGUUUCAUGAGUCCUGAGGUUAGUAACCAUCGAUUUCUAUCUUACCUAGGUACUUAUCAGAUCAUCUUAGUUGUAUUAUCACAAAUAAAAUCAAUGUAAAAUAAAAUACAAGUUUGAAUCCGCGUAGAACACAGCAGUGAACAAAGUCAAGACGACAAAUACCUUACUAUGAAUAUUAUCAGAAGCGAGGUGAAGUUUAAUCUCGGACUGCUUCAGCUUAAUGGACUGUCCGCGAAAUUCCGUUGCAUCCGCUGCUUAAAAAGUAUUUUGUCUUCAAUAACAAAAUUAUGGGGUAUUUCGACACUUAUUUGCUCGACGGAUUGUUAUUGUGGUGACCAGGUCCUAAAAUCCGCAAUCUAUUGAAUGAUGUAGCGGAAAGGGUUACCAACUAAAUAAUUAUUUUAUGAUAUGCAGAAAAAACAGCAACUUACUGAUAGCCAACCUUUGGUAGGUACGUUAUUGUAAAUGUCUUAGAUUACAGUUUAUGUGAUUUGACAAACUCCAACCACCUAUAUCUAUCUAUGUGAAUUUCGUUACGAAUAAACUAAAAAUGGCACGAUUACUUGGCUAAAUAAGGUAACUAGGGUGUUCAACUCAUGAACUCUUCAUCGUCCAAUUUUGUCUAGUCUUUAUGACCCGAACUUUACAUCUAGUUAUUAAAAUGCUUUAGAAUAUGUACGCUACCAGCUGUCAUCAAACAACAUAAGAGGUAUAAUGUCUAGAUUUCUCAUAUAUAAAUGUUCAUUGUACAAAAAAGUAAUUAUUGAAUAUAGAAAAAAAAAUAAAAUUCAGCACUAUUAUAAAAAUAAACAUAUUAUGUACAGGAAACGAGAAAAAAAGUAAACAAUAUAGUAAAGUAG